GUGCCUAGGCUGGGGCGGGCUGCGGUGACGCGCUCAGACGCUCGGAGCCGGAGCCGGAGCCGGGCCGGGACCGCGGGCGGUGGCGGCGGCGGCAGCAGCAGCAGGAUGAAUAGCAUCAAGAGCGUCCCGGCGCGGGUGCUGAGCCGCAGGCCGGGCCACAGCCUGGAGGCCGAGCGCGAACAGUUCGACAAGACCCAGGCCAUCAGCAUCAGCAAAGCCAUCAACACCCAGGAGGCCCCUGUGAAGGAGAAGCAUGCCCGGCGCAUCAUUCUGGGCACUCACCACGAGAAGGGCGCCUUCACCUUCUGGUCCUACGCCAUCGGUCUGCCACUUCCCAGUAGCUCCAUCCUCAGCUGGAAGUUCUGCCACGUUCUCCACAAGGUCCUCCGAGACGGGCACCCGAAUGUCCUGCAUGACUGCCAGCGCCAUCGGAGCAACAUUCGGGAGAUCGGAGACCUGUGGGGACAUUUGCAUGACCGCUACGGACAGCUGGUGAAUGUUUACACCAAACUCUUGCUGACCAAAAUCUCCUUCCACCUCAAGCACCCCCAGUUUCCUGCGGGCCUGGAGGUGACAGACGAGGUGCUAGAGAAGACUGCUGGGACCGAUGUCAACAACAUCUUCCAGCUCACCGUGGAGAUGUUUGAUUACAUGGACUGUGAGCUGAGGCUUUCUGAAUCAGUUUUCCGGCAGCUCAACACGGCCAUUGCCGUGUCCCAGAUGUCCUCGGGCCAGUGCCGCCUGGCUCCCCUCAUCCAGGUCAUCCAGGACUGCAGCCACCUCUACCACUACACAGUCAAGCUCAUGUUCAAGCUGCACGCCUGUCUCCCAGCAGACACCCUGCAAGGCCACAGGGACCGGUUCCACGAGCAGUUCCACAGCCUCAGAAACUUCUUCCGCAGAGCCUCUGACAUGCUGUACUUCAAGCGGCUCAUCCAGAUUCCCCGGCUGCCCGAGGGACCUCCCAACUUCCUGCGAGCCUCAGCUCUAGCUGAGCACAUCAAGCCUGUGGUGGUGAUCCCCGAGGAGGCCCCCGAGGAUGAGGAGCCGGAAAAUCUCAUUGAGAUCAGCACGGGGCCCCCGGCUGGGGAGCCAGUGGUGGUGGCUGACCUCUUCGAGCAGACAUUUGGACCCCCCAAUGGCUCCUUGAAGGAUGAUAGGGAUGUGCAGAUCGAGACCCUGAAGAGAGAGGUGGAGGCACUCCGGGCAGAGCUGGAGAAGAUCAGAUUGGAGGCCCAGCGCUACGUCUCCCAGCUAAAGGGCCAGGUGAACACGCUAGAGGCUGAGCUGGAGGAGCAGCGGAAGCAGAAGCAGAAGGCACUGGUGGACAAUGAGCAGCUUCGGCAUGAGCUGGCCCAGCUGCAGGCCGCCCAGCAGGAGGGCGAGCGGAACCAGGGCCUGCGCGAGGAGGCCGAGAAGAAGGCCAGUGCCACAGAGGCGCGCUACCAGAAGCUCAAGGAGAAACACAGUGAGCUCAUCAGCACACACGCCGAGCUGCUCAGGAAGAACGCAGACACAGCCAAGCAGCUGACAGUGACACAGCAGAGCCAGGAGGAGGUGGCACGGGUGAAGCAGCAGCUGGCCUUCCAGAUGGAGCAAGUGAAACGGGAGUCGGAGAUGAAGCUGGAGGAGCAGAGUGACCUGCUAGAGAAGCUCAAGAAGGAGCUGGAGGCCAAGGCGGGAGAGCUGGUGCGCACACAGGAGGCCCUGACUCGCACUGAGCAGAGCGGAUUGGAGCUGAGCUCGAGGCUGGAUGCGCUGAGUGCAGAGAAGGCUGCGCUGAGCAGUGCUGUGCAGCAGCGGGAGGCGGACCUCCUGGUGGCCCAGGGCCUGGUGCAGGAGAAGGAGGAGGCGCUGAGCCGCGAGCAGCAGCGCAGCUCCCAGGAGAGGGCUGAGCUACAGGGGCAGCUGGCAGACAAGGAGUGUCAGGAGGAGGAGCUGCAGCAGAGGCUCCUGGACGAGCAGUUUGCAGUGCUGCAGGGCACUGCCACUGAGGCCGAGCGCAUCCUGCAGGACGCUGUGGCCAAGCUCGACGACCCCCUGCACCUGCGCUGCACCAGCUCCCCAGACUACCUGGUGAGCAGGGCACAGGCAGCCCUGGAUGCUGUGAGUGCCCUGGAGAAGGGCCAUGCUCAGUACCUGAACUCCAGGUCAGAUACCUCUGUGCUGGUGGCAGCCCUGACCCAGUUCUCCUACCUGGCUGCAGACACCAUUAUUAAUGGCAGCGCCACCUCCCACCUGGCCCCCACCGACCAUGCUGACCGCCUGAUGGACACGUGCCGGGAGUGUGGGGCCCGGGCUCUGGAGCUCCUGGGUCUCCUGAAGGAGCAGCAGACUCUGCCCCUGGCCCAGCCCAGCCUGGUGGGGAACCCCCUACAAAGCAUCCUUCAGCUGGCCCAGGAGCUGAAGCCCAAGAGCCUGGAUGUGCGUCAGGAGGAGCUUGGGGCCAUGGUGGACAAGGAGAUGGCGGCCACAUCCGCUGCCAUUGAAGAUGCUGUGAGGAGGAUUGAGGACAUGAUGAACCAGGCUCGCCAUGCCAGCUCCGGGGUGAAGCUGGAGGUGAAUGAAAGGAUCCUCAAUUCCUGCACAGACCUGAUGAAGGCCAUCCGGCUCUUGGUGACAACAUCCACCAGCCUGCAGAAGGAAAUUGUGGAGAGUGGCAGGGGGGCAGCCACGCAGCAGGAGUUUUAUGCCAAGAACUCUCGGUGGACUGAAGGCCUCAUCUCUGCCUCCAAGGCUGUUGGCUGGGGAGCCUCACAGCUGGUGGAGUCAGCGGACAGGGUGGUGCUCCACAUGGGCAAGUACGAAGAGCUCAUCGUCUGCUCCCACGAGAUCGCAGCCAGCACAGCCCAGCUUGUGGCCGCCUCCAAGGUGAAGGCGGACAAGCGCAGCCCCCACCUGAGCCGCCUCCAGGAGUGUUCCCGCACCGUCAACGAGAUGGCUGCCAAUGUGGUGGCCUCUACCAAGUCAGGCCAGGAGCAGAUUGAAGAAAGAGACACCAUGGACUUCUCUGGCCUGUCCCUCAUCAAGCUAAAGAAGCAGGAGAUGGAGACCCAGGUCCGUGUCCUGGAACUGGAGAAGACGCUGGAGGCAGAGCGUGUGCGGCUGGGAGAGCUUCGGAAGCAGCACUAUGUGCUGGCUGGUGCCGUGGGGACACCCAGUGAGGAGGAUCCGGGCCGACCCAGUGCUGCCGCCCGCAGCGGGGCCUCCAAGAAGCCACCCCUGGCCCAGAAGCCCAGUGUGGCUCCCCGGCAGGACCACCAGCUCGACAAGAAGGAUGGCGUCUACCCAGCUCAACUCGUGAACUACUAGGCUCCCGAGGGGUCCAGUGGGGAGGCUAGUGGGCAGGCCUGGGCCUCGUGUGGCUGCCCCAACUUGGCUGAGAAGCCUCCAAGGGCUGUGGUCCCCUGCCCCACAGCCAGGCCCAGCGUCCCCGGCCCCAGCCCUUGCUGAACCCAAAGGAUCAGAGAUAGGGAUGGUUCUCCCGGACGUGAGUCUAUCUGCAACAGGCACCCAGAGCAGCCAGGACCGAGCAGGCCUGAGCCACAGAUCUUCAGGAAAUCUAUGGAACAUUUGUCAUAAUCUGAGUUAGAGCUUUCCUUCAUGAGUCUGUAUUGUAGUCACCCUGGGAAGCAGGGCCUCCCCUGCCUUUUGAACUCAAGGUCUGAGGUUAAUAAUGGAGAGCGGGUCCACGCUGGCUGCCAGGGAUGUAGGCAAGAUGUCACCUAUUUGUAGCCUCCUCAGGGGCACCAAUUCCACGGAGACGGGCCUCGGGUGGACUCAGGCAAAGACGACUGCUCCAGAGCAGCCUAGGGCUACUGCCCGUUCUCCUUGGGCCUCCCUCUAAGGCCUGAGUGAUGGGAGCAGAGGGUGUGACCUUAGUGUGGAGAGAGGCAGGCCCAGCACUGCUGCCAGGCAGGGCAGAUGUGGUGGCCGAGACCCCCACCCCAUGGGCACUGGUGCUGUGCCGCCACCACUCCUGCUGACAUCUGUGCUGACCCUCCUGUUUCCUGGUGUUCGUGCCCCUGCUCACUGCUCCUGCCCUGGACGCCCCCGUUCUGCGUGUUCUGGUCACCCUCCCCGCACCCCCACCUCCACCCUCUCCUCCCUCCUGAAGGCCUCCCGGGGAACUAGGAUGUCUGCCUGCCACCCUCCAGGCUGAGGGCAUCUUGCGCCCCACAGGAAGGGGGCCACCUGGCAGUUGAGCCCUAACCUCACCCCACCCUUGGCCUCCUGGACCCCACUUGGAGGAUUUGUGAGACUGGGUGUUCCUUGAGCCCCCACCCCAACUCCAGGGAGUGGUUGUGGGGAGGAAGGGAGGGACCAGCAGCAUAGGCUCUGGGAACUCUGCCCCUGCCCCGAGGUGAGGCAGUCUGGUCCCUGCCAAGGUCUGGAGAGCAGCAGGGAGCCGGCUCUUUUGCUUUGCCUUUAGUAUUUCCUUGUUGGAGGAGUCCGAUUGGCAAUAAAACUCACUUGGACUGCU